UCCAUGCGGGCUCGGCGCGCUCCCCUCCGCCGCGACGCCACUUCCGCCGCGCUCGACGUCGCUUCCGGCCUGGCUGUCCUGGGGCCGACCGACUCCGGAGCCUCCGGGGCCGGCCCGCAGCGGGCACCAAGCAUGACUGAGGGGUCAAUGAGCAAGGCAGCCACCAUGGAGAUCCCCAUCCACGGCAACGGAGACUCCAGACGCUUGGCGGAGGAUGACGGUUUGGAGCAGGACUUGCAGCAAGUGAUGGUGUCCGGGCCCAACUUGAACGAGACCAGCAUUGUGUCUGGAGGUUACGGGGGAACAGCCGAGGGCAUUGUCCCCACCAGCAUCAUCAAAGGCUCCCUCGUUCCACCUCACCCACCCCAAGGACCACUCAUCUCCCCCAGUUCUUCAGCUGCCAGCCGGAUAGCCAGCCAGGCUGCCGUGGCCACAGGUUCCAACUUGCAUCAGCCCCACCCCAACCCAGCUAUGACGGGGGAGGAGGCCGCAGCAGCAGCUGCUGCCACACGAGGGGUGGCUGUGGAGAAGUUUGACAUUGUCAGGAAAUGGGGCAUCAACACCUACAAAUGCACCAAGCAGCUGCUGUCGGAACGCUUCGGGCGUGGCUCGCGGACUGUGGACCUGGAGCUGGAGACCCAGAUCGAGCUGCUGCGGGACACCAAGCGGAAGUACGAGUCCCUGCUGGGCCUGGCACGGGCCCUCACCAACCACUUCUACGGCCUCGUCCAGACGCAGCACGCCCUCGCGGAUGCCUUCUCAGACCUCAGCCAGAAGUCCCCGGAGCUCCAGGAGGAGUUUGGGUACAACGCCGAAACUCAGAAGCUGCUGUGCAAGAACGGAGAGACGCUCCUGGGGGCCGUCAACUUCUUUGUCUCCAGCAUCAACACGCUGGUCAACAAAACCAUGGAGGACACGCUCAUGACCGUCAAGCAGUAUGAGACGGCCAGGCUGGAGUAUGAUGCCUACCGCACAGACCUGGAGGAGCUCAACCUGGGGCCCCGGGACGCCAACACGCUCUGCCGCUUGGAUGCUGCCCAGGCCAGCUUCCAGGCCCACCGCGCCAAGUAUGAGAAGCUGCGGGCGGAUGUGGCAGUCAAGCUGAAGUUCCUGGAAGAGAACAAGGUGAAAGUGAUGCACAAGCAGCUCCUGCUCUUCCACAAUGCGAUCUCGGCUUACUUUGCGGGGAACCAGCAGCAGCUGGAGCAGACCUUGAAACAGUUCAACAUCAGGCUCAAGAGUCCCGGGGCUGACAAGCCUUCCUGGCUGGAGGAGCAGUGAGCAGGCCCUGCCCGCUCUUCCCACCCCUCCCUCCCUCCUGGACUCGGACUCGGACGCGCAGUCACGUGGCAGGGCAGAGAGGGUCCAGCCGCCCCCUCCCACGCCCUAGCUCGCUGCUAGAAGGGCUCACCGUGGGGCCCUCCCUCCUCUUUGUGCCCUUUUGGGGGCCGGUCUAGGCCCCUUCCCAUUCCACGCAUAGGGCUGGGCCAGUUGAGCCCCGUCUCUCUGCAAUGCCAGGAAGCAGCAAGCACUUUCUUUCUCUCAGGGUGGGGAGAACGUUGCCCCUGCCUGGCCCCACAGCAGAGUCUCUGUGGCCAGUCAGGCCCCAGUCUUGUCCUGGCACAUCCAAACACCCUCGGCCUCCUGGCUGGCCAAACCCAGCCUUGGGGCCUCAGCCUCCCCAGCCUGCUUUCCUAUCCAGUCUGUUCUGGGGGAUUAGGGGCUGCUCUCUGAUCCUGCCCCACACCUUUAAGGAAGGCAGCUGUGGGUUGGUGGAGUUGGACCUAUGGGGGCUGCUCUGGGGGUGAAGGACCCAGGGUGAGAUUGGCCCCCUCUUUGGGGGGCCAAGGACCAAACACUUCCUGGCUCCAGCCUCUGGGUGUGUGUGUGUGUGUGUGUGGCGUGUGUGUUCAUCAUGGCCAGUGUCCCAGUGUUGUGUUCCUGGUGGCAGCUGUGGGCGGCAGGGCUCUUGGCUUUCCUCCCAGCUGGCCCUGACUGACACUCCAGCCCCAGUCUGUAAAGAUUCCAGAAUAAAUGGUACCAAACG